AUGGAGAAAACACAAUCACCACCGUCUGAUUCAAAAACAGCGACGUCGCCAGCAGCUGCACAAUCACCACCGUUUGAUUAUCACCAAUCAAACGAUCACGAUCAGUUCGCUUCCAAUUUCACCUCUCUCUACCACUCAAUUUUCCCGCCAAAACAUUCACAGCUUCCAAACUCGCUCUCUUUCACACCUUCCACCACCGCCUCCCCAUCAUCCUCCUCCGCCGAUGAAAUCACCACCGAGAACCGCCUCCGUCAAGCUCGACUGAUUCUCGAGUACCAGGACCUCUGCGAUCACUACAAUCUCUCUCUCGCACGCCUCCAAACCCUAACUAAUGAACUCGAGUUGAUUCGGCAAGAGAAUGCAGAUCUCAGAGUCGCAAAUAGUGAGCUUCUCAAGCUUAUCAGUCUCUCUUCUCAGGCCGCCGUGAUGCACCACCACAGUCGUGCUUUUGGAAUCAAUCGUGAUGUUGCAACCGAGAGGAGGAAUAAUGACAAUAAUGUGGAGAGAGAGAGAGUGACAUUGCCGAAGAGUAUUUCCAUCAGAUCUAGCGGUUUUGUGAAGGUGAAUCAAGCAGUUUCUGGUAAUGCGAGUAACAAUGGAGGCGGCCGCGGCGGUGCUAGUAGUAACUCGAGUCGGUCUCGUGUGGCGACUCAGCUCGAUCAACUCGUGUCUGGAUCGAUGCAGCAGAAGGUGUAUGUGCCAGGAGGAGGAGAAGGGAAGAGAUCAGAGGAGGAAAUAGCUGCUGGAAUGGAGUUGGAGGUGUUUAAUCAAGGGAUGUGGAAGACAGAGCUAUGCAACAAGUGGCAAGAGACAGGCACAUGUCCUUACGGUAACCAUUGCCAGUUUGCUCAUGGCAUUGGCGAGCUACGUCCAGUUAUCAGGCACCCAAGGUACAAGACUCAAGCUUGCCGUAUGGUUCUUUCUGGUGGAGUUUGUCCUUAUGGUCACAGAUGCCACUUUCGCCACUCUCUCACUGAUCAAGACAGGUUACUGCUGGGCCCUCGUUGA